AUGGAUACAUUUGCGCAUGUUCCUCCGGGCUUCAGAUUCCAUCCAACUGAUGAAGAACUGGUAGAUUAUUACCUGCGCAAGAAAAUAGCUGCAAGAAAGAUUGAUCUUGAUGUCAUUAAAGAUGUUGAUCUUUACAAGAUUGAACCAUGGGAUCUUCAAGAAUUAUGCAAAAUAGGUAGUGAAGAACAACAUGAGUGGUAUUUCUUCAGCCACAAAGACAAGAAGUAUCCAACGGGAACUCGUACGAACCGAGCUACCAAAGCAGGAUUUUGGAAAGCUACUGGAAGAGACAAAGCCAUAUACUUGAAGCAUAGCUUGAUUGGUAUGAGAAAGACUUUGGUUUUCUAUAAAGGUCGAGCACCUAAUGGACAGAAGUCUGAUUGGAUUAUGCAUGAGUAUCGCCUUGAAACUAAUGAAACUGGAACCCCUCAGGAGGAAGGUUGGGUAGUAUGCAGGGUUUUUAAGAAGAGAAUGGCAACAGUACGCAAGUUAGAUGGUUCUCCAUGUUGGUACGAUGAUCAAGUUUCUUUCAUGCAUGAUAUGGACUCUCCAAGAAGAAUUCCUCAUCAUCCUAAUUACCAUGCACCUAAUAAUAAUUUUCACAACCACAAUAUGUACCCAUGCAAACAAGAGCUUGAAAUACCACCCUACAACAUGUCUCACCAUGACCAAUUCCUUCAAUUACCUCAAUUGGAAAGCCCUAAAAUGCCUCAAGCUAGUGUGCAAAAUUGUAGCUCAAUACAACCCUAUGGAUCAAGCAUGAAUAUGCAUUCGUCGUCGAUGCUUACUCAGGAUCAAAUUAUUCAUUCACAACCAUUGAAUUCAAUAUAUGGCAACAAUUUUGGAGGAGUUGUAGAUCAAGUUACAGAUUGGAGGGUACUUGAUAAGUUUGUUGCUUCUCAACUUAGCCAAGAUGAACAUGGCCCUCCUGGUCCGAGUAAGGAGUCAAAUUACUCGAAUGCGCCUAUUUUUCCUGAAUCUGAGCACAUGAACAUGGUGAUAAGCCCUAAUUCGAAUAAGCAAGAUAAUCUAGGGAUGUCAUCGGAUCAAUAUGCUUCAACAUCUACCUCGAGCUGUCAAAUUGAUAUGUGGAAGUAAACAAAGAUGUUUACUAUAUUACAUGCUAAUUAAUUACCUAAUUAAUCUGAUCUUAUACAUAUACAUACUGAUUAUAUAGGAAGUACAAUUACUACAAGAGGAAUCUUGGAUAAGUGCCUUGUACAUAAUAAAAAUAUACAUGGUUAUGCAAUAUUGUUAGUAAUUAAGGGUAUUGGACUUAAUUAUGAGAUCAACCCUUGUGGUUGUCCUCAAAUGUGGACUUAGAAUAUAUGAUGCCUAUUGUUAUUGGAUGAUAAUAGCAUCUAUCUAGGAGAUUGAAAGGUUUCCAAGUAUUAUUGGGAUUUCAGACUCAAAACGAAUAUUUGAUUGUACUUAUUUUUAUUGAACUUAACUUACAUUCGACGGAUUAUUCUGUU